UGGUUGUGGUGCUGAUGCUGCUGAGAGCACAGCCCAAACAGUAGAGAAAGAGGGAAGCAAGAUAAAGACAUAGGAGAGUACCACCAGCAUUGCUCAGCACAGGAAAUAUCUGAUUCACCACAGUGUCUUUAGAAGAAAAACAAGAGGCAGAAUGACUCUUGCAGCGUACAGAGACAAGAUGCGGGAGCUCCCUCUAGCUUCCAUCUUCUGUUCCUGCAUCCUACAUGAACCCAAAGAAAAGCCCACCAAGAAAGAAGGUGUGGUGGACCUGAACCUGUGCAUCAUCAGGGAUAUGGAGGUGAUUGAGCUGAACAAGAGAAGGUCCGGCCAGGCCUUCGAGGUAAUCCUGAAGCCACCCUCAUUCGACGGGGGUCCGAACACCCUCGCCAUCACACCCCCACGCAGGGAGCCCUCCCUGGAGGAGAUCCAGAGGAAGCUGGAUGCCGCGGAGGAGAGGAGAAAGUGCCAGGAGGCUGAGUUGCUGAAGCACUUGGCAGAAAAGCGGGAACAUGAGCGUGAGGUGGCCCAGAAGGCCCUGGAGGAACACAACAGCUUCAUCCGGCUGGCCAAGGAGCGUCUGGAGCUGCGCAUGGAGCACAACAAGGAGAAACGGGAGGCACACCUGGCCGCCAUGCUGGAACGCCUGCAGGAGAAGGACAAGCACGCUGUGGAGGUGAGGAAAAACAGAGAGCACAAGGAGGAGAGCGGGUAGAGAGAGAGAUGGAGAGAGAGCAUGGGGCCUCUGUUUUGUUGAGUGAGAAAAGGAGAGAAGAGAAAAGACAACAAAAAAAGACAGUUUCUUAAAAUGGAAAUGGGAUUUGUUUGACAGACGAGAAUUCACAGUGAUGGAAUAGGAGGUGUGCAUACAAUCUUUUUGUGCUUAUAAGUCAACAAAAGCCAAAAAUGGAAGUUGGUUAUUUUCAGAGCAGGCAGAGGUGGUUUCCUCAGAGCAAUGCUGGAGAGACAGAAAAUCAAGUUGUAGUUUUGUAGUGCGGAGUAUAAGAGCGCUAUGCACAAUUUAUAAACCACACUGAGUGGAUAUUGGCACAUUUUGUAGGCUUGGCAUUUAUAAUCGACCAUGAACCCAGGACUCCCUGGAAAACAGUGGAAAUUGUAACUGAGUGGACUAUCCUGGUUAAAUAAAAUGAAAAUAAAAUGAAUACAUAAUUAUUUGCAAGAAAUGGAAAUAUAAUUCUGGUCAAUAAAAUCACUGACACACAUACUUAAAUUUAAAGCAUUCUACACAUCAUGCUGGAUCACACUUUUCACCACUUUUUGGCAUGUCAGCUUAUGUACAUAAAUAGGUGAGUAGUCUAGUGUUCAUAUUUUGUACAGAUUAAGGAUCUUAAUUUGAUCCCUCUUUUGUUGCUGAGAAUUUACAUUAAAAUAUGGGUUUUUAAGGAGAGUAUUCUCUCUCUGGAGUAGUGAAAGAUAUAGGCAUGAUAUGGAAUAAAUAUAUGAAUUAACUCAGCUGACCUGCAUAAUACAGUACUAGGAGCAGAAAAACAAGUUAUUGCCUCUGUCAUUUUUCUUAGAGGUUGAUGUUUUAGUUAACUAAAACUCCUAGUAAUGUAAUACGCCAGCUAAAACAUGCUGAAAUGCAAACUUGAGAUGUGUUUGAGGUUUCUAAAGUUUGUAAUUUCCACUUUGAAAUGUCAGACUUCAUUUGCCCGAAUGAAAAAUAUAUCAACACCCACAAAAUCUCUAUGAAUUAUAAUCACAUUAAUUAUAAUCACAUUUCCUGUUGCUGCAAGAUUAUUUUCCUGUUGUGGCAAACUAAGAUCCUACAUCUGUACUGCUAGUUUCUUUGUAUGUUUGCAGACAUAGUAGUUGUGAUUAGUCGUAGAAUAGACUGUAUUGCACGUAUAUGUACUACUUACAGAUGUAUGUGAUAUGUCACUCUAUAUCAAUUAAAAAAGUAAAAGUCA